UAUAUAUAUCUCCCAAGUGGGUGCUGUUCCACUAAGGUCACAUUAUGUCAUUCCCCAGCAACAUACUCUCAAUCGAGUUACACUCAGGCCAUGACGUUUAUCACACGUUGUGUCACAAAAUAAAAAACGACUUAGGAGGAAGUCUGAAAACUACAUGUCCCAAAAUACAACAGCAAGAAGCAGGUCAUCUCCUCACGGAGCGGAUUUAACUGCAAGCAAAACAAUACCGGGCCAUUUGAUUACCGUUGGUGAUGUUUACGAUUCCCGAGACUUGAGAAUCCAUGCUUCCUGUUAGAAAUGGACAGAUUCGGGUGUUAAAGUGGUGAACUGUACCAAAAGUUGGUGAUCUUUGCUGCUGGACAUGGGUAAUGGAAUAAACAAGGUGCUGCCAGACCUUUAUCUCGGAAACAUCAAAGAUGCACAAGAUAGGGAGCUGUUGGCACAGUACAACAUCACCCACAUCCUCUCCAUCCAUGACACAGCUGCACCCAUCCUGGAGGAAAAGACAUACCUUUGUAUAUCUGCUUCAGAUCACUCAAAGCAAAAAUUGAGCCAGUACUUCAGGGACAGUAUCGUUUUCAUCCAUGAGACCCGACUGAAAGGAGAAGGUGUCCUCGUCCACUGCGUGGCAGGCGUGUCCCGUAGCGUGACGCUGGUGGUGGCCUACAUCAUGACGGUGACAGGACGGGGCUGGAUGGAGUCCUUGGCAGCUGUGAGGGCAGCCAGGCCAUGUGCCGGGCCCAACCUGGGCUUCCUACGCCAGCUGGAGGAAUUUGAAAAUUCAGAAUUGGCAGAAUAUAGAGCAUGGUGGAUGGAUAGGUAUGGUAAGAUCUCAUUCAAUGACGAUGAUGACAUCAUCGCCCUUAUGACCCGGAAAUCCCAGCCCAGCGGCAGCAACUAGUAUCACUUCUCCACUGGCCAAAAGUAGCAUCUGAGUUAACCAGAGACUCUCCUUUCCCGCUUCCCACCUACUUCUAUUCCUACCAGAUGCUGCCCAUCUACAGGUGCAAUCGAGCCCUGGGUGCUUCACUAUGACUGUGUGGGAUGACUCGCCGCUAAACCUAUUUUGUAUACUGUCUGCUAUCAAGAAAUUGCACCUCAGUGAUUUUAAAUUUAGAGAGUGGGCCAUGUCAAAUCCCUAUAGAUCUAACUCGCCUGUCAUAUACGUGGGGAAUUUUUCAGACAAGACAUUAAGACAUUGGACUGAAGACCUCCUCGCCCCCACAACUGUCAAAACAACAUGCAAGGCCAGUCAAGCAGAAAACUAAGGAAACGCGUACAUACAACCUCCAGAGUGAAGACACUGCUAUUCAAUUAUGUGUAUACCUUCUCCUCUGUGUGUGUGUGUGUGUGUGUGUGUGUGUGUGUGUGUGUGUGUGUGUGUGUGUGUGUGUGUGUGUGUGUGUGUGUGUGUGUGUGUGUGUGUGUGUGUGUGUGUGUGUGUGUAUAACAUAUGUGAUAUAUUAGAAUUAUUCAGUUAUUCCCCCCAACAAAAGAGACUGUGAGUUGUUGGAAAGUUUCGAGAGACCCACCAGUAUCGACAUUCAGUUGUGGCCUAUAUUGCUUUGACGCUUUGACUGUACUUUGACUUGGACUGAGCUUUUUUCAGAGGCUCUGUGCCAAGGAGAAAACUUUAAAAGAAAAAGGAAAGAAAAAUGUGGUUAUUACAUAAAAAGCGACAUUAAUUGUCACACAUCAUCGGCUUGUGAACGCAACCUGAAUCACUGGCACAGGACCUGUUGAAAAUGAGUGUAAUAUUUAAAGCUUUCUUUUUUAUUGCCAUUUACAUAUAUGGGUGUUUUGUUGUAACGACAAUAAACUGAGCUGAACUGAAUUAAAGUGGAGUUAUUUGAAUUAAA